GCCACCACGGUCAAUGUCACGUCGUUGUUAUUUCAUUUUACGUCCAGCAAGGGGUGCUACACAAAGUCACCAAAGUCUAUACACGCGAUAUGUUACAAAAAUCACGCGAUAGUGGACUCUUGUUUAGAAUUCCCGAAAGAUGGCGGCGGCCCCUCCAGAUGAGGAUAGCCUACAGUCUCGCAUCAACAAGGCUACCAACCCUCUGAAUAAGGACACUGACUGGGAUAAUAUCCAGGCAUUUUGUGAUCAGCUCAACAAUGAACCAGAAGGUCCCCAGCUUGCAACCAGACUUCUGGCCCAUAAAAUCCAGUCUCCUCAGGAGUGGGAGGCCAUGCAGGCGCUUACGGUUCUUGAGACGUGCAUGAAGAACUGUGGAAAGCGAUUCCACGGCGAGGUGGGAAAGUUUCGCUUUCUCAAUGAGCUCAUUAAGGUCGUGUCACCCAAGUAUUUGGGGGCCCGGUCUCCUGAGCCAGUGAAGAAGAAGGUUUUAGAAAUGGUGUACAGCUGGACGGUGAGGCUGCCUGAUGAGACCAAAAUAGCAGAAGCUUAUCAGAUGCUGAAAAAACAGGGUAUUGUCAAGCUGGAUCCUGUACUUCCUGAUGAUAAGCCCCUUCCACCCCCUCCACCCAGAGCCAAAAGUGCCAUCUUUGAGGAUGAGGAGAAAUCCAAGAUGCUGUCUCGCUUAUUGAACAGCACCGACCCUGAAGAUUUAAGAGCAGCAAACAAGCUCAUUAAGGAAAUGGUCCAGGAGGACCAAAAGCAAGUGGAGAAAGUAUCGAAGCGGGUGAACGCCAUCCAGGAGGUGAAGGAGAGCGUCAGCCUGCUGACCCAGCUGCUGGAGGGCUACAGCAAGGAGAGCUGCUCCCAAAGCAACCAGGAGCUCAUUAAAGAUCUUUACCAGCGCUGUGAAAAGAUGAGACCCACACUGUUCCGAUUAGCGAGUGAUACAGAGGAUAGUGAUGAAGCUUUAGCUGAUAUCUUACAGGCCAAUGAUAGCCUAACUCAGGUCAUCACCCUGUACAGACAACUGGUAAAGGGAGAGGACGUCUCAAAAGAUAGCAUAACCACACACUCACAAACAGGUGGCAGUAGCUCAGCACUCGUAGACCUGAUGGGGCUCAACGCAUCAGCCAGCACAGGACCAUCCAACCUGGAGCUCUCUAAUCUGCAGACCCUGACUCAGAGCAUGGGCAUCAGCCUCUUGGAUGACGAACUCAUGUCGCUGGGACUGAAUGCAACGGAAAACUGCGACUCACAGAACAAUUUUCAGUCCUCUGAUAGCACAGAAUCAUCUGCUACACCAGUCCCUGCCGCAGUGUUGCUGCCAGCUCUGGUCAAAACACCGCAGGCUCCAACAGCAGGUGCCCCCACUGCUCCACCUAAACCUAUGGAGGAACUGGACAUGUUGGGGAAGACAUUGCUACAGCAGUCCCUACCUCCAGGGACCCAGCAGGUCAAAUGGGAUAAGCUCCAACCUCCGUCCAGAGUCACCCUACGAGAUCUGCAGAAGUCCAGCACCAGCUCCAGACCUGCUCCAAAUGCAACCACCACCUCCUCUGGUUCCACUCCUGGACCGGGACCCACGUCCAACCUGGUCGUCCAUUCAGAGCAGCCCGAUGCUCUCCUCCUCUCCAAUCUCAGUCUCACGACUGCUGACCCCUAUGACAGUAUCUCUCUGGCUGACGUUACUGUGCCUCUGGAAUCAAUCAAACCCAGCAGCUUGUUACCAGUGACUGUAUUUGACAAACACAGUCUCCGGGUUUUGUUCACCUUUGCCCGUGACUGUCCUCCAUCACGUCCUGACGUGUUGGUGGUGAUCAUCUCCAUGCUGUCCUCUGCCCCCAUCCCUCUCACCAACAUCCGCUUUCAGGCAGCCGUACCAAAGGUGAUGAAAGUGAAGCUGCAGCCUCCCUCUAGCACAGAACUCCCAGCCUUCAAUCCCAUCCUGCCUCCAGCUGCCAUCACUCAGAUCCUACUGUUGGCUAACCCUCACAAGGAAAAAGUGCGUCUGCGGUACAAACUGACUUUCAACGUGGGGGACAAAUCUUAUGAUGAAUCUGGUGAUGUAGACCAGUUUCCACCUCCAAACACCUGGGGGGACCUUUAGUGAGAAUGGCCAACUUCCUGUCAUCUCAUUUGCUGCUUCCUUUAGAUUUAGGUUAAAGUUGUCCCUGAUCGCUGGCUUUAGGCAAGAUGGCCUCUUUACACUUGCUGUGGUUUGGUAAUCAUCCAAACUGACAUGAGACCAGCUGUGGGAACCAGCUUCUACCUUGUGCCUUCCUUCGCAACCUUCCUCUCCUUCUAUCAUCUUUGUGUUGCAGCUACACUUUCUUCGAACAAUCAGCCCAACACAAACUGUCAGAAACAUUGAUUCAGCGAAGUGACUUUUGGGGGAAACAAAUUGAGCCUUGUAAAAACAGAAUGUGUACAUUUGUCUGAUUCACAUAUUGUUCAGCAGUCCUCCCAGAUGUUUACCAACCCUCAGUGCUCAACCUAAUGCAUGUGACUGAUGAUGCAUUCCUAACUUUGGACAAUGCAAGUCAAAAUGUCCCACAAGUUCUGUCACAAGUUUGUGUGUCCAGUGUUCAUUCUGAGUGUUCAGAGGUUGCAAAAAAUCAUUUCUUUCAGUCAAUCAAUAAAGCUUUUCAGGUCGACUUUAUGUCAGUUAAAUGCAUAAAGUGAUAAAGCCAAGCCAAGACACAGAAGUGUAUUCAGCUUAUGACGUGGAGGAGUUUGUCCUUUUACCUGAUAAAUAACUAAAUUAUUAGAAUUGAAAUUCAAUUCCUGUCACAUGAUGAAUUGAUUAAUUGGCUAAAUGUUUCAGCACAACUUCAGUGUUCAUGGAGGGGCAGCAGCAGAGGAUUGUCAGACAAACUGUGUUGUUUAAUUCUGAGGGAAAUUCUUAAAAUAUAUGUAAACACAUUGAAAUAAGUGGUUUUCCCUGUAUGAGGAGAUGAUCUUAAAUGCUGUAAUAAUUGGAAAAAUGUCAGGAGAACCAAGUAUCUCCAGGGAGGGUAAAUAAUGAAUUAAUAUCUAGUUUUACGUAUCGUCUUGGUUUUAAUAUUUGUGUCAUGCUUUGGAAAAUUAUAACUGGGCAGUGAGUGUGUGUGUCUUAAGGUGUGACAGCAAGUCUUUUCCUCAGAGCACUUGCCAUAAUAAGGAAAGCACAGAGCCUACAUUAACUGUGGCUCUGUUCUAUUCAGGAGUGACGGUGAGCCAGCAUGAACAGUUGGAGGACCCUGAAACUGAAGCUGCUAAAUGGAAUGUGGCUGUCAGUGAUUUUAUCAUUUACGCCUGUACUUUUCCGACAUGUCAGUAUGUCUUUUGUGGAAAAGCACUGCGAAGGAAUAGCACUAAAUCUCUGCCCCUGUUAAAAUGCAAAAAUUUAGCUUUUAUUUUCAGCACUUUUUAUGUUUUCAAUAUUUUGGGGGGACACUUUUGGACAUUAUGUUUCACUCAGGAUAUUGAUUUUUUUUUUUUUUUUUUUUUUGGAGAUUGAUUUUACACACAGACUUUCAUGCACUUAUUUUGUUUAAAUUUUGCACAUGAAACCAUUCCCUCUCAAAGUUCAACAUUGUCUGUUCUCAUUGUUGAUUGACCCAAAGAAGGACAUGUGAAGUCCUGAGCUGACAUUGCUGACAUCCAGUUUGAUUCUGCCACAUGUGCCUGAGAUGAAAUGUUUUGAUGUUCAUUUGCUUUGUAUAUAUACAUAUACACAUAACUUUAUUCAUGUCCUCAUCAGAGAGAGAGACACAUCAAAUGAUGUUACAGAAUCAUCCUGAUAUCCACAGACAUUGAGUUGAUUGGAGCACAGGUCUACAAUCACUUCCUAAGGUCAUAAAGACUAAAAUAAAGAGAGAUUGGAGGUAGACUGGUUUCACCUGAGGAUACAUGUGAAACUCCAAAUGUGUGCAGCUACAAGAAGAAUAGAGCUGGGGACUCUGUUCAGAAUAGAAAGAGGGUUUAAGAAUACUGAUUCUGCCUUUACGCUUGUACCUGUAAGUGUUAGAUUUCAUAUGGUAGAUCAGCCCGCAUCAGCCGUCAUGCAGUGCCAUUGAACUUUCUGUAAUGUAAUACUAUGAAUCAGCUGUUUCAUUUCCAUGUUGAUCUGAGCCUUUGUUUACAGAUACAUUUACCGGUACAUACAUUAUUAACAGACGGGAAGGAAGAAAGCAAUAAUGGGACAAAAAAAUUCAUCCUCACCAACCACCUUUCAGUCCUUCAUGGCUCAAGCAGACUGUAAAUGACAAACGUGUUCUCCCAGUAUCAUGUCCUGUAAACUAUGCAUUAACGGGGACUGUAACGGGUUUGACUACAUCAACGAUCAUCACGAUUGGGAGCAAACUUA